AUGCAUAUCAAGGCUAUGCUCGACGAGUCCCGUAGGACGGGCGAGCCCUCUUUCUCUUUCGAGUACUUUCCUCCAAAGACUGCCCAGGGUGUUCAGAACCUGUACGAUCGUAUGGAACGCAUGUACCACUUUGGUCCCAAAUUUAUCGACAUUACCUGGGGCGCUGGCGGUCGCAUUGCUGAGCUCACUUGCGAGAUGGUCCUCCAGGCGCAGUCUAUCUACGGCCUCGAGACCUGCAUGCACCUCACAUGUACGGAUAUGGGCCUGGAAAAGGUCAAUGACGCCCUGCGUAAGGCCUACAAGGCCGGUUGCACAAACAUAUUGGCUCUGCGUGGCGAUCCCCCAAGAGAACAGGAGAAGUGGGAGGCCACCGACGACGGUUUCCGCUACGCAAAGGACCUUGUGAAGCACAUCCGGGCCACCUACCAUGACCACUUUGACAUUGGUGUUGCCGGUUACCCUGAGGGAUGUGACGACAACAAGGAUGAGGAGCAGCUGCUGGAUCACUUGAAGGAGAAGGUCGACAUGGGUGCUAGCUUCAUUGUUACUCAGAUGUUCUACGAUGCUGACAACUUCGUCCGCUGGGUCGGCAAGGUGCGUGAACGCGGCAUCACCAUCCCCAUCAUCCCUGGUAUCAUGCCCAUCGCCACCUACGCUUCCUUCCUCCGCCGCGCCAAGCACAUGAACUGCAAGGUCCCUGAGGAAUGGAUGACUGCCCUUGAGCCAGUCAAGAACGACGAUGUUGCGGUGCGAGAGAUUGGAAAGGGUCUCGUUGCCGAAAUGUGUCGGAAGAUCAUUGCCGCGGGAAUUCACCACCUGCACUUUUACACCAUGAACUUAGCCCAGGCCACGAGAAUGGUUCUUGAGGAGCUGGAUUGGAUGCCUUCAUCCGACCGCCCCUUGAAGCACAAUCUUCCUUGGAAGCAGUCCCUCGGUCUCGGCCGUAGAGAGGAAGAUGUCCGCCCUAUCUUCUGGAAGGGCCGUAACAAGUCCUACGUCCUGCGCACACAAGAUUGGGACGAAUUCCCCAACGGUCGCUGGGGUGACUCUCGAUCGCCUGCCUUUGGUGAGCUGGAUGCUUAUGGUAUUGGCUUGACGGGUACAAACGAACAAAACCGAAAGAAGUGGGGUGAGCCCAAGUCCAUCAAGGACAUUGCCAACAUCUUCGUCCGAUACCUAGAGACCGAAAUUGACUCACUUCCUUGGAGUGAGGCUCCCCUGACCAGCGAAGCUGACCCCAUUCGGGAAGAGCUCAUCGGCUUGAACAAGCGUGGUUUGCUCACUAUCAACUCUCAGCCUGCCGUUGACGGCGUCAAGUCGUCUCAUCCAGUCCAUGGUUGGGGCCCCCCGAACGGCUAUGUUUACCAGAAGGCCUACCUAGAACUUCUGGUUCAUCCCGAUGUCUACCACGAGAUUAUCGCCCGUAUCGAGAAGAACCCGGACAUGACCUAUUACGCCACCACCAAGAAUGGCACGCUGAGAUACAACGCAUCCAACGACAGCCCCAACGCCGUUACUUGGGGUGUCUUCCCAGGCAAGGAGAUUGUGCAACCGACCAUUGUCGAGGGUAUCAGCUUCAUGGCGUGGAAAGAUGAGGCCUUCCGUCUUGGUACGGACUGGGCACACUGCUUUGAGGCCGGAACUCCCAGCAGAGUCUUGAUCGACCGUAUUAUGAAUGACUGGUACCUGAUCAACAUCGUCAACAAUGACUUCCACCAGAAGACUGCUCUCUUCGACUUGCUCGAGGGCCUGUCCGUGCAGGAAUACACCGACAUCCCCUCUGAGCCUCAGACUAACGGAGCAAACACGGAGCAAAAAACGGAGGCGCCCAAUGGCCAUCCUGCUCCCGUCGCCGCCUAA